CGACGGCUUAAAAUCGGCACGGGAGGAUCCGAGGUUCUAGAUUUCGUUGCUGGUGGCAGGAUGCGACCUCGCAAGGUGAGCGGCCUGCGCCAAGACAGCGGCCGCCUUCUAGUCACUGGGGCGCACCAGCGCAGCAGCGAGCAGACAAAGCUGCUCGCCGCCGUGGGCCUCGACCUCUUCCGGUCCGGCUUGCGCGUCGACGGCGCCGGCACCAAAGCCUCGCACGUCGAGCCUCGGCACCCCGCGAUUUCGCCCAACUUGGACACGAUCCCGGAAGGCGAGCGCAUCGAGCCGAGUCAUUUGCAGCAGGCGCAAGCGAUCGUCGUGCUCGGCGGGCCGUUGGGCCGCGCGAACCUGCCGGGGCCAUGGCUCAGCCAGCGCAUCGAGACCGCGCUGCCACUGUACCACUCGAUCGUGCAGCAAGAAGGGUCAACCUGCUACGUCGUGCCGUUCGGCGGCGACGGCAGCGAAGAAGGCGCCUUGGAGUGCGAAGUCGCUCGCAACCACUUGGUGCAACGCGGCGUGUCGCCCCAUCACGUGCUCUUGGACUGCAACGCGGCCAACACGAUCGAGAACAUUCUGACGCUCUUGCCGCUCUUGACGCACUUGCGCGUCGGUAUCGUGCGCGUGAUCACGUCGAGCUUCCACAUGCCCCGUAUGCAGCUCUACUUUGACAGCCUCUUGCACCGAUGUCGCGCGGCUUCGUUCGAGAUUUACUACCACCCGACGCACCGCGACCACGUCACGCUCCUCCAGCAGCGCGACCUCGAGGCCAAAGAGAUGGCGCUCAUGACCAGCACGCGCCGGCAACUCGACGAGGCCAUGCAAUGCGUUCACGCACAGACGGCGCCAGCGCAGCAGUACCUACCCUUUCUGCAUCAAGCGACGCGCCCGCCACCCUCGGCCGCCACGUACGACGAGCGCACCAAGGCGCCGCCAACGUCGUUCUACGGUUAUAGCCACCGCUAAGCAGACCAAUAUGCAAUGACCCUCGCGCCA